AAUGGGAAGGCCGAGCGGAUCAGAUGUCACUAUAACAGAAGGACAUAAUCAGCGCGGUAAGUUUGCAGAACCUUACAGCCUGUCUUGGCCAGCGGAGAGCUCGCUUCUUUCAGCUUUUCUGAGGUUGUAAAGUCCACUGUCACCAUGUCUGACGAGGAAGUUGAUCAGGUUGAGGAAUACGAUGCUGUAGAAGAGGAGGUAGUACAGGAAGUAGAGGUGGCCCCUGAGGCGGCCCCUGAGCCAGAGCCAGAGCCAGAGCCAGAGGCACAGCCAGAGCCAGAGCCAGAACCAGAGCCAGAACCAGAACCAGAGCCAGAACCAGUGGUAGAACCAGAACCAGAACCAGAACCAGAACCGCAGCCUGAGCCUGAGCCUGAAGAGGCCGUUGAAGAGGAAGAGGAGAAGCCCAAAUUCAAGCCCAGCGCUCCAAAGAUUCCCGAUGGUGAGAAAGUGGACUUUGAUGACAUCCAGAAGAAACGUCAGAACAAGGAUCUGAUUGAGCUGCAGGGCCUCAUCGAUGCUCACUUUGAGUGCAGGAAGAAGGAGGAAGAGGAGCUGAUCGCCCUCAAGGAGAGGAUUGAGAAGCGUCGCGCUGAGAGGGCCGAGCAACAGAGGGUCCGCGCUGAGAAGGAGAAGGAGCGCCAGGCCAGACGUGAGGAGGAGAGGCGGUGCAGGGAGGAGAGCGAGGCCAAGAAGAAGGCAGAAGAGGAGGCAAAGAAGAAGUCCGCUCUGUCCAGCAUGGGCUCCAACUACAGCAGCCACCUGCAGAGAGCUGACCAGAAGAGAGGAGGCAAGAAAGAGACUGAGAGAGAGAAGAAGAAGAAGAUCCUGGCCGCCAGACGCAAGGCACUCAACAUCGACCAUCUGAAUGAGGACAAGCUGAGGGAUAAGAUCAAUGAGCUGCAUGAAUGGAUGACCCAGCUGGAGUCUGAGAAGUUCGACCACAUGGAGAGACUGAAGAGGCAGAAGUAUGAGGUGCUCACGUACAGGAACCGCAUUGAUGAGUUACAGAAGCACAGCAAGAAGGGAGCCGCCGCUCGCCGCAGAAAGUAAAUCAACCCAGAAACCAAACUGCUAUUGUCUCGGACACACGCCUGAUGAAACAACGCGCGCUGUGGCGAAGGUCUUAGCUCAGAAGAAGCCAGUAACACUGAGGUGUACCAUGCGGUUAUCAACGCACUUCCUGUUACAUACAACCAGGAACCUUUAGCUGCUGUUCUAUAGGAAUUAUAUAAAAACUUGUUUCGCCAUCAUGCUUCCUCGCCCUCAGCUGUUUGGUUCUCAGUAUUUUUGUAAAUAAAGUGUGACACUUCAAGCCAUGUCUGUAGAGCUGUUGUCAUUCAGAAAUCAAUAAAGUUCAGUAUUUUUCAGACA